AAUUCAUUGAGCGCUUAAAACUUUAUUGGACGAAAAUAAUUAAAAAAAAAAAAAAAUGGAGAAUGGCUACGGGCGGUGGCGGAAAUUUAUCGGAACUGUAUUCUAACUCGAAGCGUUUGUUACUGAAGACAAGAGACGCCUUGGAGAGGCUCGAGCGUCUCGAGUACAAGUCGUCUUCCGUCUCUUCUUCACUUUCAACAUCCAACGGCGUCGUUUCGGGUACUUCCGAUGAUCCAUCCAUCGUAAUUAGACGAGACAUUAUUCAGAUCCAGUCCCUCUGCUCUGACAUGGACCGUCUCUGGCGUUCCAUCGCCGCCAAGUCUCAACGCGAUCUCUGGAAAAUGUAUCUCCCAACUCAUAUGUGUACGUAUAAUUUUAUAUGUAAUACUCCGAUAGUAUGGAUCAGUUGGGAUUUUUAUUGCAUUGAUAUGUACGGAUUUAAGUCUAAAUAUGAGGAUUGGUUGAAAUUUAGAUCCAAAAUGUUAAUCAGUUUAAAUUGAAGUUAUGCUGUUUAAUUGAAAAUAUAUGUACUAUGUAAUAUAAAUUAUACGAUUCUAUAUGAAUACUUUGAACAACGCCUUGUCCAUAAUAUGAUCAAGGUCUUUAAAUGUAUGUAUUCCACUUUUAUGACUCAAUAGGAAUUUUUUAUUGCUUUGAUGCCUGAUUUUAAGUUUCGUAGAUGGCCGGUUACUCUUGUUUCACUCAACUUUCAAAGUUUUGGGAAAGGGCUUAAAGAAGGGAGCCAAGCACACUGUUACACAAGUUAAAUUGAAAUCACGAUGAUUAUGUAGGUUUCAUUUCGAAGAAUAUGAUCCUAUUCAAAAAAUUAAAAAUUGUUGUCUGCCACUGGUAGUCUGGUAUGAUCAAAGUGGUUGGAAAGUCUGCAAAGUGUAUUGAAACAUCUUUAUACAAUUUAAUUUAGGAAGACUAGUUUUUUUAGGAUGUGUAAUAUAAAUAAUUUGAUGAUAUUGAAAAAUUUAGGAAUUGAUGUUAGCGCAGAUGUGAUCAAGGUGGUUGCGAAGACUGCAAGAAGAAUUGGAACAAUGUUAAAGGUUUUCUUUCUAGGACGACUGAAAUCUUUGUGCAAAGUGUGUGUUUUUUUUCGUAAGUUUUAAUGUAUUUACGUAUUGAACCAUUAUGUGCUUGUAAAUUCCAUACAAGACAGGCAAUUAUUUUUUCUUUGUGCAAUGCCUUUGCCUGGAUAUGUAAUUCUUAAUCUUUUUCUCUUAAAUUCCUCCGUCCCGUGGACAU